AUGGCGUCUUCGACCGCAAUAACCCGAGCAGUUCUCACUCGGGCAGUGCCAGCAACAGCGCCUCGGGUUCUCUUUUCGUCCCGCGUACAUUCCCAUAGCCUCGCGCAAUCGGCGGCGCCUGAAAGGGCAGCAUCCAAGCGGUCGCGGCAAUGGCAGAUUCACGCGACGCGAGCAGACAGCCGGCAGGACGCCGCCUCGUCGCCCGCAUCGCCCGCAUCGCCCGUGUCUCCCUCGUCCGCAGAGGCAGCUAAGAACGAUUUGAAAGAUGCGGCGCCGUUGGCGGCGGCAGCGCCGAGGGAAUCGUGGGGCGGGUUCGGCUUUACCAAGCAGAACGAGCUGUUCGUGGGGCGCGUCGCGAUGCUGGGGUUCGCGGCGUCGCUUCUGGGGGAGGCGGUAACCGGGCAGGGCAUUCUGGCGCAGCUGAACAUGGAGACGGGGAUCCCAGUGUACGAGGCCGAGCCGCUGCUGCUCUUCUUUGUCCUAUUCAACAUGCUCGGCGCGGUGGGCGCGCUGGGCGACCGCGGGAAGUUUGUCCUGGAGCCCGUCAAGCCACCCGUGCCGCCGGCCAAUGCCGGGUGGAAGGGCGCGCUCGGAUUGGUGGAGAAUGGUCCCGUCCUCGGCUUCACCAAGUCGAACGAGCUGUUCGUGGGUCGCGUGGCACAGCUAGGGUUUGCCGCGUCGCUAAUCGGAGAGGUGAUUACAGGGAAGGGCGCUCUGGCACAACUCAAUAUAGAGACGGGUGUCCCUGUAUCGGAGAUAGAGCCUCUUGUGAUUCUGGGCAUUAUGCUGCUGUUCCUAUCGGCGAUCAACCCUGGUACUGGCAAGUUCAUUAACGAUGAUGACGACAGUGCGGAUUCGCUGUAA